AUGCUUCCAUCAGCAGCGCCCUACCUACUACGACCUACUAGUAACCGUGCCGCUUUGCGCCGGCUACAACUACAGCACAUCGGUCUUCUUCCCCGCAGCACAACAACAAUCACAGGAACAACAGCAUCAUCAUCACUAGUACGAAAAUAUGCCACAACGCAAGGCGCCGCCCCGAAACGGCGAAACGUGACUGUUCUAUCGGACGAUGGACGAUACGAGUGGGGAGAAUUGAGCGGGAGGGAGAAAGUUGCGAGGGCGACGCAGCAGUCGGUGAAUUUCGUGGUGAUUAUUGCGGGGGCGGUUUUGACGGGCGGGGUCUUCUACCUUCUCUUCACGGAGGUCUUUUCCCCGAAUAGCAAGACAUGGCAGUUUGAAAAAGCUGUCGAGCGCAUCAAGGAUGAUGUUCGGUGUACGAACCUCCUGGGUGAUCGGAGGGAGAUCAAGGCUUAUGGGGAGAAUACGUGGAGUAGAUGGGCGAGGAAUAGGCCUAUUGCGACGUCUGUCUAUCAGGACAGAGUGGGUCGGGAACACCUGAAGAUGAACUUCCACGUCGAAGGUCCUCUUAAUUCCGGAACCGUGUUUGUGCACAUGAUGAAGCCGUUGAAUGAGCAUCACUGGGAGUAUCAGCUUCUUGCUUUGGAAGUGCCGGGACAUUCCCGGGUUGUGCUUGAAGAAGCGCGCGAGAAGCCUGGCGUUGGGCAAGCACUGAAGAUCUUUGGCAUUAAGUGGCGGAGAACUGAAUCCAGACAGGUCGAUACUGGCGACCUUGUUUCAUAA